UUUCAUUACAUACAUAGUGUUUUAUAUGUUGAGCGGCAAAUGAACCUUGAAUUGAAUCGGAUUUAUAUUAGUUUCCUUUAGGUCUCUUCUGAUAUAAGUCAACUGAAUAGUUAGCUUGAAAUUAGUUUGUGUUCGGAGCCGGUAAAAAAUAUAGAAAUGAAGAAAGUCGUAAUUUUUGGAUCAACCGGCACGACCGGACUUUGCGCUGUGCAAGCGGCUUUAAAAAAAGGUAUCAGCGUACGAGCCUUCGUUCGCGAUCCAUCGAAACUUCCAGAAGAUUUAAAAAGCAAGGUAGAAGUAUUCAAAGGUGACGUUCUGGAACCGGACUCGGUGAAUCAGGCCGUCGAAGGAACAGAUGGAGUCAUCAUCGCCCUCGGAACUCGUGAAAACUUAGAGCCGACAUCAGACAUGUCCGAGGGCACUAAGAACAUCAUCGAAGCGAUGAGAGCGAAGUAUGUCAAAACUGUGACAGCUUGUAUAUCGGGGUUCUUGUUCUUCGAGCCGGAGAAAAUUCCGCGUCAGUUUGUUGAUAUCACGAAAGACCACAAGCGAAUGUACGACGAGCUGAAACAGAGCGGUCUCAAUUGGGUUGCGGUCUUUGCGCCGCAUAUUUCCGAGGACCCAAGCCGCGAUAUCAUCAUCGAAAUCAACCCAGAAAAAUCACCCGGACGUUGUAUUUCAAAGCACGACCUCGGUAAGUUUCUGGUCGAUGGGCUGACAGAAGAGAAAUACUUCAAGACCGUCAUCGGGCUGUGUAAUGUACCAGCGCAAUGAUUUCACGUGUAUACGCGACUUUAUACUAGUGUUUUUGGACAUACUUAUGUUGAAGUUGAAAUCUGUGUCCGUGCGUGCAUGCAUUAUAAAUAGGCUGUUUUUUAUCUGUUGCAAAUAUUUAAAAAAGUUUAUUUAAAUUUAAUUCUUGGUGUUAUAGUUCUGUUAAAUGCAAACGUUAUAUAUAUUUUUGAGCAAUCUUGUGAUUAUCUGCAUUUUAAUUCAACACAUUGUAUGUUUUUUAAAUUCAAAAUUUUAUUAAAAUAUGAACUCAAAUUUAUAAUGGAAAGGUUAUUUUUUUACAGAAAAAAUCUCGUCAGACGGGUUAAUAUUGUUCAGGGCUGUCAGUAGAAUUUAAAUUAUGUAAUAAUUAACAUAAAUUUAUAUUUCUUAUUAUAUGAUUACAAUGUAUAUUAUACAAAAAAAGAAUUCCUCGCUCCUACACUAGUUAUUUGUCUAUCACUGCAGGCAACCCUGGGGUAAUAUGGUCAUAAACGAGUUUUACUUUGAUGUAUUUAAUCGACAGAGGUGUAAUUAAACGAAGGUUGUAUAUAAAA